GAGUAAGAUGAGGCUCAAAGAGAACUGAGGUGCUGGAGCUCACCCAUCAGGCCUGAACUGCGACACUGACUGCGCUUCCUGAGCCGGGCACCAAGACUGGCACCUCCUACGGCCUAGUGCCUUCUACCUGCAUCGCCCAUGCAGCCCUACCCGACCAUCUUCAACCUGUUUCCUGGAUGAGCUGAGGCCUCAGUUCACACCGAGGGCUUAGCCCCUCUGCCACUUGCCGGGAGCAGGCCCACCCUUAAGGAAGGGGUGAUGGAAGGGCCCCUGGAGGAUGGGGAUGAGUCCUCAGCCUCCCAGGGCCACGCCACUGACUGGAGGUUUGCUGUGUGCAGUUUCAGAGAUGCCUGGGAUGAGGGGGAACCUGCUCCCCAGAUGCAGGACCCCAAUCCUCCGAGCCCACCAGCAGGGGCAGCCCAGGGGGAAGGGCUACAGGGCAGCCCUCUGCCUGGUGAGCUUCAGUCACCUCCAGGACAGAAGGUUGCACAUGGGUCAGGGGAUGGCCAGAGGGGCGUAUUAGGAGGUUCCUCAGUCCAGUGGGAGGAACCAGCCUCCUCUGGAAUGGAGAUCCUCCUGUGCCCAGUGUACUCCCACCUUAGUCUGGCACAGGGUGAGAAUGACAGCCAAGGAGGAGGCUUGGCAGGGGACUCAGUUUCAGGCAGGGCAAUGCCAAUCCGCUUGGACCCUGAAGGGUUGGACAGUGACCCUGUGAACCUCGGAGAUCUUUUAUCUGAGACAUCGUCAGAGCUACUGGAGGCAGACCCCAACGGAUCCAGGCUCCUUAAGUCCACUGACUGCCUCCUGGCCCAAGACCUCGCCUGGGAGCUGCUUGCCAGUGGCCUGGCUGCCCUGCCAGGGACUCGGGAUGUAGAAGGCAGGGCAGUGCUGCUUCUGAGUGCCCAUAACCCAGCCUGGCUUCACCCCAAGUGCAGCAGCCAUGAACUCAUCCGUCUCCUGCUCUACCUGCGAAGCAUCCCCAGGCCCAAAGUACAGGCCCUGGGACUGACCGUGUUAGUGGACGCCCGAAUUUGUUCCCCAAUCUCUUCCCUCUUCUGGGGGCUCAGCCAGCUGCAAGAAGCAGCCCCAGGGUCGGUGCACCAGGUGCUGCUAAUGGGAAAGAUGCCUCAGGAGGUGCCUUCAGGGCUGCAGUUAGAGCAGCUGUCCUCUCAUCAGAGCCUGCUGACGCACAUCUCCACCUCGGCGUUGCCCACUUCACUAGGAGGAGGCCUGCCUUACUGCCACCAGGCCUGGCUGGGCUUCCGGAUGCGUCUGGAAACCCUACUGCAGAGCUGCCAGGUGGUUUGUGCCCUGCUCCAGGGGGCCAUUGAGAGCAUGAAGGCUGUGCCCCAGCCCAUGGAGUCUGGGGAAGUCGGUCGGCUGCUGCGGCAGGCACGGGUCCUGAUGCAGCAUGUACUAGACUCACCUCGGUUGGCAUGGCUACAGUGCCAGGGAGCCUUGGAGCUGGCAUGGCUGAAGCAGGAGGUUCCAGAGGUGACCCUGAGCCCAGACUACAGGCCUGCAGUGGACGAGGUUGAGGAGCUGUAUGGUCGCGUGGAUGGAUUGCUGCACCAACUGACCCUGCAGAGUAACCAGCGAGUACAAGCACUGGAGUUGGUCCAGAUGCUGGAGGCCCAGGAGGGCGAGCUGCACCAGAUUGAAGUGUGGUUACAGCAGGUGGGUUGGCCAGCACUUGAGGAACCAAGGGAACCCUCAUUGGACAUGCUGCUUCAGGCCCAAGGCCCUUUUUGCGACCUGGACCGAAUUGCCCAGGAGCAGGUCAGGCGAGGGGAGAAACUUCUGCAGCCACUGGUUGGCUGGGAUGCGGCUGAACUGGGCCCCUCUGGGGCCCGCUUUCUGACCCUGCAAGCCCAGUUGACCGACUUCUGUAGGGCUUUAGCCCAGCGGCGGCAGCGGCUGGCAGAUGCUGAGAGGCUGUUGCAGUUCUUCAAGCAGGCCUUGAUGUGGGCUGAGGAGGGGCAGCGGGUGUUGGCAGAGCUGGAACAGGAACAUCCGGGGGUUGUGCUGCAACGGCUGCAGCUGCAUUGGACCAAGCAUCCUGACUUGCCUCCUGCCCACUUCCGAAAGAUGUGGGCUCUAGCCACAGGGCUGGGAUCUGAGGGUAUCCGCCAGGAGUGCCGCUGGGCCUGGGCACGGUGCCAGGACACCUGGCUGGCCCUGGACCAGAAGAUGGAAGCUGCUCUGAAGCCACCACUGACAGGUAGCACAGCUAGCUUGUGUGUCAGCAGGGUACUGGCUGUACCUGCUACCCUUCCCCUGAGGAAGGCAUACAGCCUUGAUCGGAAUCUGGGACUGAGUCUCAGAGAAUCUGCCCACCACUGCCACCAUGAGGCCGUUGUGGCUGCCUGCCACAGACCAGAGGCUGGAGUUGGUGCCCAGUCAGGGUCAUGCCCCACCAUGCCUCCGCCAGGUAGCUCUGAACCCAGGAGUCCCAACAGACUCCAGCUGGUGCUGGCGGAGAUGGUGGCUACAGAGCGGGAGUAUGUCCAUGCUCUUGACUACACCAUGGAGAACUACUUCCCCGAGCUGGAUCGCCCUGAUGUGCCCCAGGGCCUCCGUGGCCAGCGCGCCCACCUCUUUGGCAACCUGGAGAAGCUGCGGGACUUCCACCGCCAUUUCUUCCUGCGUGAGCUGGAGGCCUGUACCCAGCACCCACCCCGGGUGGCCUAUGCUUUCCUGCGCCAUAGGGUGCAGUUUGGGAUGUACGCACUCUACAGCAAGAAUAAACCAUGCUCCGAUGCCCUGAUGACCAGCUAUGGUCACACCUUUUUCAGGGACAAGCAGCAAGCACUGGGGGACCACUUGGACUUGGCCUCCUAUCUGCUGAAGCCCAUCCAGCGCAUGAGCAAGUACACACUGCUGCUGCAGGAGCUGGCACGGGCCUGCGGGGGGACCGUGCCAGAGCUGAGUGCCCUGCGGGCUGCCCAGAGCCUCGUGCGCUUCCAGCUGCGACACGGCAAUGACUUGCUAGCCAUGGAUGCCAUCCAGGGCUGUGACGUCAACCUCAAAGAACAGGGGCAGUUGGUCCGACAGGAUGAGUUCACGGUGCGCUCUGGGCGCCACAAGUCCCUGCGUCGUGUUUUCCUCUUUGAGGAGCUGUUGCUUUUCAGCAAGCCUCGCCGAGGACCCAAAGGCAUCGACACAUUUGCCUACAAGCGCUCCUUCAAGAUGGCAGACCUUGGCCUCACUGAGUGCUGUGGGGAUAGCAACCUGCGCUUUGAGAUCUGGUUUCGCCGUCGCAAGGCCAAGGACACCUUUGUGCUACAAGCUGCCAGCUUGGCUACGAAGCAGGCUUGGACAGCUGACAUCUCCCGCCUGCUCUGGAGGCAGGCUGUCCACAACAAGGAGGUGCGCAUGGCUGAGAUGGUGUCCUUGGGUGUGGGGAACAAGGCCUUCCAGGACAUCGCCCCCAGCAAAGAAGCUAUCAAUGACCGCACCGUCAACUAUAUCCUGAAGUGCCAAGAAGUUCGCUCUCGGGCCUCCAUUGCUGUGGCCCCAUUUGACUAUGACAGCCCUUACCUGGGGGCCUCAAGCUCCCUUUCUGGAGACCCUGCUUCUUGCUCUGUACUGGGGUCCCUCAACCUGCAUCUGUACAGAGACCCAGCUGUUCCGGGCUUCCGCUGGCCCCUGUAUUCCACCAGCUUCCCAGAGGAAGCAGUACUGGAGACUGAAGCUGAGCUGGGCAGCCAGCCAUCUUUGACUCCUGAGGACUCAGAGGUCUCCUCCCAGUGCCCGUCAGCCAGUGGCUCCAGUGGCUCGGACAGCAGCCGUGUGUCAGGGCAGGCCCUGGGCAGGGGCCUGGAGGACUUGUCCUAUGUCUGAGCCUGGGCUUGAAGGUGGGCAGUGGAUCCAGUUGCUGCUAGAUCCAAGGAACAUCACCUCUCUCGGGAUCUGCUAUGACCAGGCCGUGGGUGGCACCUGGGUCGCUUCCAGCCCACAUGCACAGCCCUGUUGACUACCCUUUCUGAUGUCUGUGUCAUUGGACAGAUCAGCAGGGACCUCUCCAGGGGCUGCUGGUUGCAGAGCCUAAAUGAGCACCCUGAUUCUGGGCCCCUGGCCUCAUGUCCCCUUUUUCUCUCCCCAUCUCCAGCUCCCACCCCAGUUGUUCCCACCCAGAACAGAGGGUGGGUGUUUGUUUCUAUGCUGUAGGCUGGUGGGACAUCUAGUGACUGGGCUGCCCCACCCCUCAGUAGGAAUACAGGUGGGUUCCUAGCCACUGCUUCCCAACCCCUGGUCUCAAAGCCAAGCUCAUCCCUGUUGGACUCUUACUCUUGCCUGCCCUGGCUCCCUAGGCCCAGGCCCUUCUUUCCUGGGUGAGUUUGGUUAUAUUGAUUCAAAGCUUUUUGAAUAGCUUUCAGUUUAAGAUUAUUUCACUGGU